AUGGGCAAACCACUGAGCCGGCCAGACUGUCUACGGCAGAACCGCACUUGCCUGGGGAAGGGCGAGGAGGAGGAUGGUUAUAUAGAGGAUUGCUACGUGCCCCAGAGAUCGAUAUAUGACACGAUGAGGAUUAACGAGCAAAUCGAUCAGGGAUCCAAGCUCAACCAGCUUUCCAAGAGCACCCUCGGCAAGGGGGACGGCAGCACCAUAUCCAGCAACGGGACCCUGGGAGCUGCCAACGUCUUCGAGUCCAGGCCUCCAGAAGCGAAGAAGUUGGACGAGAUGGGGGCUUCGCUCAGUGAGGUGUCGGAAGCGGGCGCCUCCAACCCUUCCCUGCGGGAUAAGCGGGAAUCGAGCGCGAUGCUCGCCGAGCGCCCGGGCCAGCCCGACCAUGGCGAGCCCAUGUCCGAAUCGCUCACCUUGGAGCACGUCUCCAAGUCAUCCGGCACGGCAGAGGCUCUGAUGGCCAAGCAGUUCAGCGUGGAUGGCUACAGCAGUCCCAGGGAUGAGCACCAGCCCCUGCUGAGCGCCAGUGACGGCCACGGUGGUGGCAGGGACCUGGCCAGGGCUCACCGGCCCCCCAGUGCCACAUGGCCACGAGCCAGGAAGAAUUUCAUCAGAGGAAACUUCAACGACGGGCGCCAGGAGACCCUGGAGGCCGCCGAGUCAGACUGCACGGUGGAGAACGUCAACCUCUCGCCGUGCCUCAGCGAGGAGCUGCUGGAUGCGGGGCUGGAUAUUCUCAUCACCUCCAAUCUCAGGGAGAAGACGGAGUCUGAGCUGAGAUUUGAGGAGGACGAGCGCUGGGUGAUGAUGGAGGAGUGGGAGGAGGCGACGCUGUCAGAGAGAGGAAAGGCUGUUCUGGUGGCAGAGGAGAAGAAGAGCUGUUGCUUGGCAGAUAUUUCUGAAGAAAAGGAACAAUUUGCUGCUCCGGUGGAUGGCUCUGCCCCCAGCCCGGGGACCUCCCUGUCCUGUGCGACCCCAGGGGGUGCCAGCAGCCCCCUCCCCAGCAGCGGCUGCUGCACGGAGGAUGUGGCGGUGCAGUGCGAGGCUGAGGACUUUGCUCCGUGUUCGGAGCGCUCGGCCAGCCCCGCCAACCCUGAGUUGUCCGACACGGACUCAGUGCAGAUGUUCUUGGAGCUGGAAGAGCAGUGCCUGAACGAGGACGAUGGGGCUGUCCCUGGCCACGGGGAGGUUCAGGUCUCCCCGAUGGACUCGGAGGGGCUGGACCCAGAUUCGGCCAAACUGGCCGGAGUGGUGGUUGAAGGAUGUCAGCGCACGGCGCCUUUGGACGUCAGCGCUUCGGACUCUGCCGUCGUGUCGGAUCUGGAGGACUUUGACGGCACCUGCAGCUCGCAGGUGCUGAGCGCGCUGGAGCCAGCGACGGAGCCCUUUUCAGAAAGGGACACCUCGGCCGUCACCCCGACGGACUCGGACGGAGGGGCCUCACCCAGCCCUGUGGCCAUGCUGGGGCCAGGCCCUCUCCAGCAGUGCUCUCCAGCCCCGGUGGAGGAUGACCCCGACCCACUGCUGGAGCCGGAGCUCGAGCCCAUGGACGGUUGCGGGGUGGCGGUGCUGAUGGCCGGGGGGAUGCCAUCUCCUGACAUGAGUGCGUGUCCAGCCUCUGGCUUGGAGGAAACCAGUUACCCCAGCGCUCCAGAGGGUUGGGGUGAAGAUAACCAAGACUUGGGGGUCCCUGAUGCUGAAGUAUCACAGCUCUCUGAGGAGACCUGUCCUGGCCAAGUGUCCCCAUGCCAGUCACCAGCUCCUGACACAGUGACAGAGGAGCCUGGGUCCCCUCCGCAGCACCACGAGGCUGGCGUUGAGGGGACAGAUUUAUACAGGACCCAUCACCUUCUGCCUGAAAGGACUGAGCUCCCUACCUGGGAUGUCCCAGAACUGGUUUCUGAGGAUGAAGCCGCAGAUCUGGGGUCAGAGAGUGAUGGAGCUGAGGGCCAGACUCAUGCGGCAGAAAGUGGGGAUGCUCGGUGUGGUUCUCUGCUGCCUUUCCAAGCCUGCUCUGCAUCAGAGCCGGGCUCUGAGCCUCCUACAGCAUCCCCGGUGCCUGCUGAGGGCCUCCCAUGGGAAACCGCUCCCCUGGGUCAGGGCCUGGCUCUGGAAGGGGCUGUCUGUGCCGAGGGGUCCCCUAUGGAGGUGACCGUCACGCACAGGGAGGCACCGGCAGCCGUCCCGCAGCCGGGAGACCUGGACCUGCUGUUCACCUGCAUUUGGGAGGACCGGCCGGUGGUGCAGUGCCAUACCAAGGGCAAGGGGGUCCUGCUCGCUGCCAGCCUGGCUGCUCCAGAAGAGCUCCCCAGCACAUUGCCCAUUGUGGGGCACCCCGAUGCCAUCCCAUGGGAUGUUGUGGGGCUUCCUGCUCCAGUCAUCUCACCAGCACCAGGGGAUGUGGCUAUCCCAGAGCCCCAGGAGAUGCCACCGGCCGCUGGAGAUCCUACCAUGGAUGCUGAGGAGCCCUGUCCUGAGCAUCCGCCUCCAGAUGCCACCACCACUGCCAUGCCCUUGGUGGUGGAAGAGCUGCUGGAUGCCCCUCCGCCGUUUGCAGACGCGCCUGUGGCCGACCCCCUCGUCUCUGGGCUCUUCCAGAAGGAGCAAGUGGAUCCUCUCCAGGUAAAACUACAGCAAGUCAAUGGAGUUGGGCAAGGACUCAUCCAAAGCGCCGGGAAAAACUGUGAUGUCCAAGGGCUGGAGCAUGACAUGGAAGAGAUCAACACCCGCUGGAACACCCUCAACAAGAAGGUGGCCCAACGGGUUGCUCAGCUGCAGGAGGCCCUGUUGCACUGCGGGAAGUUCCAGGACGCCCUGGAGCCGCUGCUGAGCUGGCUGACGGACACCGAGGAGCUCAUCUCCAACCAGAAACCUCCCUCUGCCGAGUACAAGGUGGUGAAGGCCCAGAUCCAGGAGCAGAAGCUGCUCCAGCGCCUCCUGGACGACCGCAAAGCCACGGUUGAGAUGAUCCAAGCGGAGGGCGGCCGCAUCGCGCAGGCGGCCGAGCCCGCUGACCGCGAGAAGAUCGUGGGGCAACUGGAGAGCCUGGAGCGGCGCUGGGCAGGGCUGCUGGGCCGGGCGGCCGCCAGGCAGAAGCAGCUGGAGGACAUCCUGGUCCUGGCAAAGCAGUUCCAUGAAACCACGGAGCCCGUGGCCGACUGGCUGUCGGUGACCGAGAAGAAGUUGGCCAACUCGGAGCCCAUCGGCACCCAGACUGCCAAAAUCCAGCAGCAGAUCAGUCGGCACAAGGCUCUAGAGGAAGAGAUAGAGAGCCACGCUGCCGACGUGUCUCGAGCGCUCGGCGUGGGGCAGUCCCUCUCCUCCCUGAGCUGUGCCGCCGAGCGCAGGCUGCUGGCAGAGAAGCUGGACGCUCUGCAGGGCCGCUACGGCGAGGUCCACGAGCGGUGCUGCCGAAAGGCAGCGCUGCUGGACCAGGCGCUGUCUAACGCCAGGCUUUUUGGGGAGGAGGAGGUGGAAGUGCUCAACUGGCUGGCUGAGGUCGAGGACAAGCUCAGCUCGGUAUCCGUAAAGGAUUACAAACGGGACGUCCUGCAGAAGCAGCACGCCGACCAGCUGGCUUUGAAUGAGGAAAUUGUGAACAGGAAGAAGAACGUGGACCAAGCCAUCAGAAACGGGCAGGCUCUUCUGAAGCAAACCACAGGGGAGGAGGUGCUGCUGAUCCAGGAGAAGCUGGACGGGAUCAAGACCCGCUACUCGGACAUCACCGCCGCCAGCUCCAAGGCGCUGCGCACGCUGGAGCAGGCUCGGCAGUUGGCCACCAAAUUCCAGUCCACGCACGAGGAGCUCGCCGGCUGGAUGAGCAAAGUGGAGGAGGAGCUGGCGUCCAGCGGGGGCCAGUCCCCCAGCGGCGAACACAUCCCCCAGUUCCAGCAGAGGCAAAAGGAGCUGAAGAAGGAGGUGAUGGAGCACAGGCUGGUGCUGGAUACGGUGAACGAGGUGAGCCGAGCGCUCCUGGAGCUGGUGCCCUGGCGAGCCCGCGAGGGGCUGGACAAGCUGGUGUCGGACACCAACGAGCGGUACAAGCUGGUCAGCGACACCGUCAAGCAGAGGGUGGAAGAAAUCGAUGCUGCUAUUCAGAGGUCUCAGCAGUACGAGCAGGCGGCCGAUGCAGAGCUGGCCUGGGUGGCCGAGACCAAGCGGAAGCUGAUGGCGCUGGGUCCCAUCCGCCUGGAACAGGACCAGACGACGGCUCAGCUGCAGGUGCAGAAGGCUUUCUCCAUCGACAUAAUUCGGCACAAGGACUCGAUGGAUGAGCUGUUCAGCCAGCGCAACGAGAUCUUCGGGACCUGCGGGGAGGAGCAAAAAGCCGUUCUCCAGGAGAAAACCGAGUCCCUGGUGCAGCAGUACGAAGCCGUCAGCCAGCUCAACUCGGAGCGCUACGCUCGCUUGGAGCGCGCCCAGGUCCUGGUCAACCAAUUCUGGGAGACCUACGAGGAGCUGAACCCGUGGAUCGAGGAGACGCAAACCCUCCUGGCCCAGCUGCCGCCGCCGGCCAUCGACCACGAGCAGCUCAAGCAGCAGCAGGAGGACAUGAGGCAACUGCGAGAGUCCAUCGCUGAGCACAAGCCUCACAUCGACAAGCUGCUGAAAAUCGGGCCGCAGCUCAAGGACCUCAACCCCGAGGAAGGGGAGAUGGUGCAGAACAAAUACGCGACGGCGGAGGCCAUGUACGCCAAAAUCAAGGAGGAGGUGUGCCAGCGGGCUCUGGCGCUCGACGAGGCCGUCUCGCAGUCCACCCAGAUUACGGAGUUCCACGACAAGAUCGAGCCCAUGCUGGAGACACUGGAGAGCCUCUCAUCCCGCCUGCGCCUGCCGCCCCUCAUCCCCGCCGAGGUGGAGAAGAUCCGGGAGUGCAUCAGCGAGAACAAGAACUCCACGGUGGAGCUGGAGAAGCUGCAGCCCUCCUUCGAGGCUCUGAAACGCCGCGGGGAGGAGCUGAUCGGGCGAUCGCAGGGAGCGGACAAGGACCUGGCAGCGAAAGUAAUCCAGGAUAAGUUGGAUCAGAUGGUCUUCUUCUGGGAAGACAUCAAAGCUCGGGCGGAGGAGAGGGAAAUGAAGUUCCUCGACGUCCUGGAGCUUGCGGAGAAGUUCUGGUACGAUAUGGCCGCCCUCCUGACCACCAUCAGAGACACGCAGGACAUCGUGCACGACCUGGAGAGCCCAGGCAUCGACCCCUCCAUCAUCAAGCAGCAGGUGGAAGCGGCAGAGACGAUUAAGGAGGAGACGGAUGGCUUGCACGAAGAGCUGGAGUUCAUCCGACUCCUCGGAACCGAUUUGAUUUUUGCCUGUGGCGAAACGGAGAAACCAGAAGUGAAGAAGAGCAUCGAUGAGAUGAACAACGCGUGGGAAAACCUCAACAAAACGUGGAAGGAGAGGCUCGAGAAGCUGGAGGAAGCCAUGCAGUCAGCUGUGCAAUACCAGGACACGCUGCAAGCCAUGUUUGACUGGUUGGACAACGCCGUCAUCAAGCUCUGCAACAUGUCUCCUGUGGGCACCGACCUCAACACGGUUAAGGAGCAGAUGAACGAGAUGAAGGAGUUUAAAAUGGAGGUUUACCAGCAGCAGAUUGAGAUGGAAAAGCUUAAUCACCAAGGUGAACUGAUGCUAAAAAAAGCCACGGAUGAGACAGACCGAGACAUCAUAAAGGAACCACUGACAGAGCUGAAACAUCUCUGGGAGAAUUUGGGCGAGAAAAUCGCGUACAGACAGCACAAGCUGGAAGCCGCUCUCCUGGCCCUCGGGCAGUUCCAGCACGCGUUGGCCGAGCUGAUGGCCUGGCUGACCCACACCGAGGAGCUGCUCGACGCCCAAAAACCCAUCAACGGGGACCCAAAAGUCAUCGAGGUCGAACUCGCCAAGCACCACGUGCUGAAGAACGAUGUCCUGGCCCACCAAGCGACUGUGGAGACGGUGAACAAGGCGGGCAAUGAGUUGCUGGAGUCCAGCGCCGGGGACGACGCCAGCAGCCUGCGAAACCGCCUGGAGAAGCUGAACUCGUGCUGGGAAUCGGUGCUGCAGAAGACGGAGGAGAGGGAGCAGCAGCUGCAGUCCACACUGCAGCAGGCCCAGGGUUUCCAUGGUGAGAUUGAAGACUUCCUCCUGUGGCUAACGAGGAUGGAGAGCCAAUUGUCGGCAUCGAAACCCACAGGAGGUCUGCCAGAAACUGCCCGGGAACAGCUCAAUGCCCACAUGGAGCUCUACAGCCAACUCAAAGCCAAGGAGGAUGUCUACAGCCAACUGCUGGCCAAGGGGCGACUGAUUUUGACCCGCGACGACUCCGGCUCCGGCUCCAAGACGGAGCAGAGCGUGGCGCUGCUGGAGCAGAAAUGGUGCCUGGUCAGCACCAAGAUGGAGGAGAGAAAGGCGAAGCUGGAGGAGGCGCUGGCCCUGGCCACGGACUUCCAAAACUCCCUCCAGGACUUCAUCAACUGGCUGACACUGGCCGAGCAGAGCCUGAACAUCGCGCCCCCGGCCAGCCUGAUCCUCAACGCUGUGAUGGCUCAAAUCGAUGAGCACAAGGUGUUCGCCAAUGAGGUGAACGCUCACCGGGAUCGGAUCAUCGAGCUGGAUCAAACUGGGAACCAGCUGAAGUUCCUCAGCCAAAAGCAGGAUGUGGUGUUGAUCAAGAACCUGCUGGUCAGUGUCCAGUCUCGCUGGGAGAAGGUGGUCCAGCGCUCGGUGGAGCGGGGACGGGCUCUUGAUGAUGCCAGGAAGCGAGCCAAGCAGUUCCAUGAGGCUUGGAAGAAACUGAUUGAUUGGCUGGAGGACGCAGAGAAUCACCUGGAUUCGGAGCUGGAGAUUUCCAAUGAUCCCGACAAAAUCAAGCUCCAGCUCUCCAAACACAAGGAGUUUCAGAAGACGCUGGGGGGGAAGCAGCCCGUCUAUGACACCACCAUCAGGACGGGCAGAGCCCUCAAGGAAAAAGCCUUGCUCGCAGAUGACACUCAAAAGCUGGACAAUUUACUGGGAGAAGUGCGGGAUAAGUGGGACACGGUGUGCGGCAAAUCUGUGGAGAGGCAGCACAAGCUGGAAGAAGCCCUCUUGUUCUCUGGCCAGUUCAUGGAUGCACUGCAGGCCUUGGUGGACUGGCUCUACAAGGUGGAGCCCCAGUUGGCUGAGGACCAGCCCGUCCAUGGGGACCUGGAUCUGGUCAUGAACCUGAUGGAUGCUCACAAGGUCUUCCAGAAGGAGCUGGGGAAGCGCACGGGGACGGUGCAGGUGCUGAAACGCUCCGGACGGGAGCUCAUUGAGAACAGCCGGGACGACACCACCUGGGUGAAGGUGCAGCUGCAGGAGCUCAGUAACCGGUGGGACACGGUGUGCAAGCUGUCCGUGUCCAAGCAGACCCGCCUGGAGCAGGCCUUGAAGCAGGCAGAGGAGUUCAGGACGGCCGUGCACUUGCUGCUGGAGUGGCUCUCGGAGGCAGAGCAGUCCCUGCGGUUUCGGGGAGCGCUUCCCGAUGACGCCGAGGCCUUGCAGUCCCUCAUUGACACCCACAAGGAGUUCAUGAAGAAAGUGGAGGAGAAGAGGGUGGACGUGAACGCGGCGGUGGGCAUGGGGGAGCUCAUCCUGGCCGCCUGCCAUCCCGACUGCAUCACCACCAUCAAGCACUGGAUCACCAUCAUCCGCGCCCGCUUCGAGGAGGUCCUCACGUGGGCGAAGCAGCACCAGCAGAGGUUGGAGUCUGCGCUCUCCGAGCUGGUGGCCAAUGCGGAGCUCCUGGAAGAGCUCCUGGCUUGGAUCCAGUGGGCUGAGACGACCCUGAUCCAGCGGGACCAGGAGCCCACGCCACAGAACAUCGAUCAGGUCAAGGGCCUCAUCGCCGAGCACCAGUCCUUCAUGGAGGAGAUGACGCGGAAGCAGCCAGACGUGGACCGGGUCACCAAGACGUACAAGAGGAAAGCGACCGAGCCCCCCCAUGGGCCGUUCAGCGAGAAAUCCCGCAGCAACCGGAAAUCCUUGAGCCAAGCCACCCCCCCCAGCAUGCCCAUCAUCUCCCAGUCGGAAACCAAGAACCCCCGCAUCAACCAGCUCUCGGCGCGCUGGCAGCAGGUCUGGCUGCUGGCGCUGGAGCGGCAGCGCAAGCUGAACGAUGCCCUGGACCGGCUGGAGGAGUUGAAGGAGUUUGCAAACUUCGACUUCGACGUCUGGCGGAAGAAGUAUAUGCGCUGGAUGAACCACAAGAAAUCCCGCGUCAUGGACUUCUUCCGGCGCAUCGACAAGGACCAGGACGGGAAAAUCACCCGGCAGGAGUUCAUCGAUGGCAUCUUGGCCUCUAAAUUCCCCACCACAAAGCUGGAGAUGACGGCGGUGGCUGACAUCUUUGACCGUGAUGGGGACGGCUACAUCGAUUACUAUGAGUUUGUGGCUGCUCUCCAUCCCAACAAGGACGCCUACCGCCCCACCACCGAUGCCGACAAGAUCGAAGAUGAGGUCACCAGGCAAGUGGCCCAGUGCAAAUGUGCCAAGAGGUUCCAAGUGGAGCAGAUCGGCGAGAACAAAUACCGGUUCGGUGACUCCCAGCAGCUGCGGCUGGUGCGGAUCCUGCGCAGCACCGUCAUGGUGCGCGUCGGAGGAGGAUGGAUGGCCCUGGAUGAGUUCUUAGUGAAGAACGAUCCUUGCAGAGCGCGAGGACGGACCAACCUGGAGCUGCGGGAGAAGUUCAUUUUGCCGGAGGGGGCCUCGCAGGGGAUGACGCCGUUCCGGUCGCGAGGCCGAAGGUCGAAACCAUCGUCACGGGCGGCCUCCCCAACACGCUCCAGCUCCAGCGCCAGCCAGAGCAACCACAGCUGUGCUUCCAUGCCCUCCUCUCCCGCAACGCCGGCCAGCGGAGCCAAGGUGACCCCCUCGGCUGGCAGCAAGCUGAAGCGCCCGACCUUCCACUCCAGCCGGACCUCGCUGGCCGGGGACACCAGUAACAGCUCCUCGCCCGUCUCCGCAGGUGCCAAAACCAGCCGGGCCG